GGAGCCACCGUCUGAAGACAGCUAUUGACUCAUACAAGAAUCUUAGUUAAAAAAAAAAACACAACAAUUUAUAAUACUGGCCACUAGAGGGCGCAAUUAAACUGAUAUCAACAUCCACCCUCGACUCCGGCUCUUGUUUCCAUCUCUAACCGCAAGAGGCUCCUUCGGAACGCCUCUACCUCCCAGGCGCUUGUACCCCCAUUUCUUACCCACAGUUCUCGUCGCGUGAUAACUGUCACGGCCCGACAUCAUGCUAACAUUCCACCUUUAUCAUUUGCAGUGUUAAUGGAUGAAAGUGUGUCAUCAUCACCAUGGUGACAGCACGAGUGAGACAGGCCCUGGUCAUGGGAAGCACCAUGUGGCGAAACCUGUCCAACUAUGUGCUCAUCUUCCUCCUCCUAGCAUUCUCAUGCUUUAUCUUCCUGCUGCGCAACAUCCAGACUGUAGAGAACUGGAACUGCCACACGAUUUCAGCUCUCUACCAGCUGCAGAGUAGGAUCCACUCAUCCUUGGUCCCAGGGAGUCUCCCUACUUUCAAUCACAAUCACACCUUCUGUGCCCAUCUGGGCCAGAGACCCUCUCCUGAAGAUAAAUUGGAAGAGCGCUUCUUGUUGGACUCUAUCGCUUGGCCUGGCCCUCCACCUCACUCAAAACCAACCAGCCUGCGCCAGACAAGUGACCCUGUGCAUAGCCUGUUCACCAUCCUUCCCUGUAAAGGGGGAAGAGAGUGGCAUGUUGGCGAGCAGUUGGAGGCACUCGUCCAAAUUCACGACUUCCAGGGCCGUCCCAAGCACUAUGGUGGGGAUUUCCUUUUAGCCAGACUUCACUCGCCUGAGCUAGGAGCAAGUGUUGUUGGGACGGUGGUGGACCACAAAAAUGGAGUUUAUUCUGUUUUGUUCUCGCUGCUUUGGGAGGGGUCCGUGCAGGUUGAAAUAACUCUGGUGCACUCCAGCGAAGCCGUUGCUGUGCUGCGACGACUGAGAGAAGAUCGGCCUGAUAGGGUGUAUUUCAAGAGCCUGUUCCGCUUGGGCUUCUUGUCCGAAACUACUUUGUGUAACAUGUGCUUGCCAUCCAACCAGCAGCCUCUGUGUAACUACACAGACCUCUACACAGGCGAGCCCUGGUACUGCUACAAGCCUAAGAUGCUCAGCUGUGACACCAGAGUCAAUCAUGCCAAAGGAGGCUAUUUAAAACACCUCAUUACCAACAAAGAAGCUUUGCUUUUUCAAAGUUAUGUAAACAUCAAAGUUCCCAUACAGGCUUCAGGAACCGACAGAGUCAAUGUUCUGCCACAGAGAGUUGAUGAGGGAAGUGGCAGUGUAAAACCAGAACAUAUACAGCCUGCACCUUCGGGAUAUUAUUACAAGGACUCAUGGAGGCCAUUAGGUGGCGAUGCAUUGCGUCAGUUUAAUGAGACGUCUGCUGUCACUGAGUGUUUGAGGAACAAGGUGAUCUACAUGUAUGGAGACUCUACUGUUCGACAGUGGUUUGAGUACCUCAUCGAUUUUGUGCCAGAACUGAAGGAGUUCAACCUACACAGUCCCAAAAAUGUUGGGCCUUUCAUGGCGGUAGACAGCAUCCACAAUAUUCUCAUUAAGUACCGUUGCCACGGUCCUCCCAUCCGCUUUACUACUGUCAUGUCCAGUGAGCUGCGCUACAUUUCCAAUGAGCUAGACGGCCUCCCUGGGGGCUCCAACACUGUGGUGGUCAUCAGCAUCUGGGCCCACUUCAGCACCUUUCCAGUGGACGUAUACAUUCGGCGACUUCGCCACAUUCGACGAGCGGUGCUGAGACUUCUGGACCGAGCGCCGGACACACUCAUAGUGAUCCGGUCAGCCAAUCUCCAGGCUCUGGACCAAGAAGUGAGCCUGUACAACAGCGACUGGUUCUCCCUGCAGCUUGAUAUGGUGCUCAAGGCCAUGUUCAAGGGCCUGAAUGUUUUGAUGGUGGAUGCCUGGGAAAUGACUGCAGCACACCACCUCCCUCACGCCCUCCAUCCACCUCCUGCCAUUGUCAGGAACAUGAUAAACAUGUUUUUAAAUUCUGUUUGCCCAGAGAUGAAAAAGACGCAGAAAUAGAAGUGCAGUGAUGGAAUUGGAUCGGUAUACAGCCAUUUGAAACUCCACAGUUUCAAACAGCGCUUCUUUGUUUAGAUUCUGCGAAAAAAAAAAAGGAAAAAAAAGUGUUUUCCCUUUAAA